GCUUUAACAGUGCGCAUAUCGCUUUGUAGGAGAAGCUGAACCGCCUGGAACUUGCCGAUAGCCUAAAAGCGUGCUGCCGGCUCACAACGCGCGCCAGUGUGUCGGCAGCACGUGCGUGGGAAAAGAACAACAUUAAAAUUCAAAAUGUCGAGCGACCUGUCGACCGGGCUUAACGACGCGCCUGAUAGCUAUCUUCUCUUGGAGGACGGAAGUGUUUUCUCGGGAAAACACUUCGGUGCCGACGUGUCCGUCGACGGUGAAAUUGUCUUCCAGACUGGUAUGAUUGGUUAUCCGGAGUCACUCACGGAUCCCUCUUAUCACGCUCAGAUUCUAGUGCUUACGUAUCCACUCGUAGGAAACUAUGGCAUCUUCGGCGAUGAAAAGGACGAACACGGCAUACCGUACUGGUUCGAGUCUCAUCGUAUUUGGGCUGCUGGACUCGUGGUCGGAGAAAUUUGCGAGAAGCCCAGCCACUGGAGACAAACUAAGACACUAUCCGACUGGAUGAAGGAACAAAACAUAUCCGGUAUAUGUGAGAUUGACACGCGAGCAUUGACAAAAGUAAUUACCGAAAAAGGUACUAUAUUGGGCAGAAUAAUUUUGGGUAAACCCUCGUCACAUACUCUGCCAAUAAUGCCUUCAAUAGAAGACCCUAACGAAAGAAACCUUGUUGCGGAAGUUUCUCAGCCGGUCCCAAAAACGUAUAAUCCGGACGGGCAUCCUCGUAUAUGCGUGGUCGACUGCGGAUUAAAAUACAACCAGCUGAGAUGUCUGUUAAAACGUGGUGCCCGCGUGGAUGUCGUGCCAUGGAACUACGAUUUUAAAACUGCCGAGUAUGACGGUUUGUUCCUCAGCAACGGCCCGGGUGAUCCCAACAUGUGCCAAGUGACCAUAAAAAAUAUUCGAGAGGCACUCAAGCAGAAAAGACCUAUCUUCGGCAUAUGUCUUGGCCAUCAAUUGCUGUCGAUAGCCGCUGGCUGUGUCACGUACAAAAUGCGGUACGGCAACCGAGGCCACAAUCAACCGGCGACGCAUCGCGAUACCGGACGCUGCUACAUGACCUCGCAGAAUCAUGGAUUUUGCGCCGACGCUACCCGAUUGCCGGCUGAUUGGGAGGUGCUCUUCACCAACGCCAAUGACAAGAGCAACGAGGGUGUGGUACACUCGGUCUUGCCCUAUUUCUCCGUUCAAUUUCAUCCGGAGCACACGGCGGGGCCCGAGGACCUCGAAUGCCUGUUCGACGUGUUUCUGGAGAGCGUGAAAGACCAGAUCAACGAUCGCCCUAACGUCUCGAUAAAGAACAGGCUCACCGAGAGACUUGCCUAUCAACCUUUGGUGCCGAUUGUUACCGAACAUCCGAAAAAGAUAUUGAUUCUAGGCUCGGGAGGCCUCAGCAUCGGCCAGGCCGGAGAAUUCGAUUAUUCGGGCUCGCAAGCGAUUAAAGCGCUAAAGGAAGAGUCGAUACAGACACUCUUGAUAAAUCCUAAUAUUGCCACGGUGCAAACGUCAAAAGGCAUGGUCGACAAAGUGUAUUUCUUGCCGAUUGUACCAGAAUAUGUAGAGCAGGUCAUACGAUCCGAAAGACCGGACGGUGUAUUGUUAACAUUCGGCGGGCAAACCGCCCUAAAUUGUGGCGUGGAACUUGAAAAGAACGGCGUGUUCGCCAAGUACAACGUUAAAAUUCUGGGAACGCCAAUCGAAUCCAUUAUACAAACUGAGGAUAGAAAGAUUUUCGCAGAUCGCAUCAGCGAGAUAAAUGAAAGAGUCGCGCCGAGUGCUGCUGUAUAUUCGGUCCAAGAGGCAUUGGAAGCUGCUGAGAAACUGGGCUACCCCAUAAUGGCGCGUGCUGCGUUCUCGCUCGGUGGCCUCGGAUCGGGCUUUGCUAAUACGAAAGAGGAGCUAAGAACACUAGCGCAACAAGCUCUAGCUCAUUCCAGUCAAUUAAUAAUCGACAAAUCCCUAAAGGGUUGGAAAGAAGUGGAGUACGAGGUUGUUCGCGAUGCAUACGACAAUUGCAUCACGGUGUGCAAUAUGGAGAACGUCGAUCCACUUGGCAUACACACCGGCGAGUCGAUCGUCGUCGCGCCGAGCCAGACCCUGUCGAAUAGAGACUACAACAAGCUGCGAACUACCGCCAUUAAGGUCAUUCGGCACUUUGGCAUCGUCGGCGAGUGUAACAUCCAGUAUGCGCUCAAUCCAUUUUCCGAGGAAUAUUAUAUCAUCGAGGUGAACGCUAGACUGUCCAGAAGCUCGGCACUAGCCAGUAAGGCUACGGGCUACCCUCUGGCUUACGUCGCCGCCAAAUUGGCCCUUGGAAUACCUCUGCCGGAUAUUUGUAAUUCUGUUACCAAAGAGACGACAGCUUGUUUCGAGCCGAGCCUUGAUUAUUGCGUUGUCAAAAUGCCCAGAUGGGAUCUCAGCAAAUUUCAUCGCGUCAGCACGAGGAUCGGCAGUUCUAUGAAGAGCGUGGGUGAAGUGAUGGCGAUCGGUCGUAAAUUCGAGGAAGCCUUCCAGAAGGCGUUGAGAAUGGUCAACGAAAAUGUGAAUGGCUUCGAUCCUUACGUGAAGCUGGCAAACGACGAGGAGCUGGAGAAGCCGACCGACAAAAGAAUGUUUGUUCUCGCGGCUUCGAUCAAAGCCGGUUAUUCGAUCGACCGAUUGUACAAACUUACCAAGAUCGAUCGCUGGUUCCUCGAGAAGAUGAAGAACAUCAUCGAUUAUCACGUGCUCCUGGAGAACACCGAUCACACGAAGCUCACGCGCGACUUGCUGCUGGGCGCAAAGCAAAACGGCUUCUCGGACAAGCAGAUUGCCGCCAUAGUGAAGAGCUCCGAAUUGGCUGUCAGGAUACAGAGACAAGAAAAUAACAUUCGACCGAUGGUGAAACAAAUUGACACGGUGGCCGCUGAAUGGCCGGCCAAUACGAAUUAUCUUUAUCUAACGUACAACGGCACCACUCACGAUGUAGAGUUCCCUGGUGGCUACACAAUGGUGAUAGGUUCUGGAGUGUACAGAAUCGGCAGCUCAGUGGAAUUUGAUUGGUGCGCCGUGAGUUGUCUGCGAGAAUUGCGAAAUCUUGAACGUAAGACCAUAAUGGUGAAUUACAAUCCGGAGACAGUCAGUACAGACUACGAUAUGAGCGAUAGAUUGUAUUUCGAGGAGAUUUCCUUCGAGGUGGUGAUGGAUAUAUACGACUGUGAGAGUCCUGAAGGUAUCAUACUGUCCAUGGGUGGACAACUGCCUAACAAUAUUGCCAUGGAUCUACAUAGACAGCAAGCUCGAAUCCUCGGAACGUCCCCGGAAUCCGUCGACGGCGCCGAAAAUCGUUUUAAGUUCUCUCGUAUGCUCGACAGCAUCGGUAUAUCGCAACCGAGAUGGAAGGAAUUGACAAACUUGAAGUCCGCAAUUGAGUUUUGCGAUGAGGUCGGCUAUCCAUGCCUCGUGAGACCUUCGUACGUAUUAAGCGGUGCCGCGAUGAACGUCGCCUACUCGAAUCAGGAUCUCGAGUCUUAUUUGAAAAGCGCGAGCGAGGUCAGCAAAGAGCAUCCCGUGGUGAUAUCGAAGUUCAUCCUCGAGGCGAAAGAGAUCGAUGUCGAUGCUGUAGCUUACGAGGGGAUUAUUUUAUGCAUGGCAGUAUCCGAACACGUGGAAAAUGCUGGUGUUCAUUCAGGUGACGCCACGCUCGUAACACCACCGCAGGACAUUAAUACGCAAACUCUGGCGAAGAUAAAGAGCAUCUCGAAAGCAGUAGCAGCGUCUUUGGGAGUCACUGGCCCUUUCAAUAUGCAGUUGAUUGCGAAGGAUAACGAACUGAAGGUGAUUGAAUGUAACGCACGAGUAUCCAGAUCUUUCCCUUUCGUCUCAAAAACUUUAGAUCACGAUUUCGUUGCGACGGCAACUCGUUUAAUCAUUGGCGAAACGAUUGAACCUGUAGACGUUUUAGCUGGCUGUGGAAAAGUUGGAAUAAAAGUACCUCAGUUUUCCUUUUCUCGUCUUGCAGGCGCUGAUGUAACGUUGGGUGUUGAGAUGGUAUCUACCGGAGAAGUGGCUUGUUUCGGCGAGAAUCGUUUCGAGGCGUACCUAAAAGGCAUGCUGAGCACCGGUUUUCAUAUGCCUCAAAGGGGCAUAUUGCUCUCCGUAGGCAGUUUUAAGCAUAAAAUGGAGUUACUGGGGUCCAUCAGAAAUCUUAAGAACAUGGGAUACAAGUUGUAUGCGAGCAUGGGUACCGCCGAUUUUUAUACCGAGCAUGGCAUCGAGGUGGAACCGGUGCAAUGGACAUUCGAGAACAUCGCCGUGAACGAGGAUUCCAGCCCGAGCCAACUUCGGCACCUUGCUGACUUCUUAUCGAAAAAGCAAUUCGACCUUGUGAUCAAUCUGCCGAUGAGAAACGGCGGGGCUCGGCGUGUUUCCAACUUCAUGACGCAUGGUUACCGGACGAGAAGACUAGCGGUCGAUUAUUCCGUGCCUUUGAUCACGGAUGUUAAAUGCGCGAAGCUUUUGGUUGAAGCGUUAAGAAUGGUUGGCGGGAAAGCCCCGCGUAUGAAAACGCACACCGAUUGCAUGUCAUCGCGCAAAAUGAUCAGAUUACCCGGUCUUAUCGAUGUGCACGUACAUACCCGCGAUCCUGGAGCGGUCCACAAGGAGGACUUUGCCUCUUGCACCGCGGCAGCGCUCGCUGGCGGCAUAACAACAAUUUUUGCGAUGCCCAAUACCAAUCCCGCGGUAGUGGAUCACAAAACAUUUGCGAUCGCCAAAGCGCAAGCUGCAGCUGGCUCACGAUGCGACUAUGCACUCUUCGCCGGUGCCUCAUCGGACAAUUACAAUGAUAUACGGGAAAUAGCACCGCACGUAGCCGCUCUGAAGAUGUACCUGAACGAGACAUUUACAACGCUUCGUCUCACUGAUCUUACUGUUUGGAUUAAGCACUUCGAAAGCUGGCCGAAGAAAUAUCCUUUGUGCGUACACGCGGAAGGACAAACCACAGCUGCGGUGCUCCUGCUGGCGAGUUUGCACAGCAGGCCGAUUCAUGUGUGUCACGUAGCACGUAAAGAAGAAAUACAAAUCAUUCGAGCUGCCAAAGAACAUGGAUUGGCGGUUACGUGCGAGGUGUGUCCGCACCACUUAUUCCUUUGUCAGGAUGAUUUGGAGCGAAUAGGCACCGGAAGAGGUCAAGUAAGGCCUUCUCUGGGAACAAGGGAGGACCAACAGGCGCUCUGGGAUAAUAUGGACGUUAUCGAUUGUUUCGCGACCGAUCACGCCCCACACACCGUGCAAGAGAAGUCUUCCGAGAAACCGCCGCCAGGAUUUCCCGGCUUGGAAACUAUGUUACCGUUGUUACUGAACGCCGUGCAUGAAGGAAGGCUGACUAUGGAGGACAUUAUAGACAGAUUGUAUCGGAACCCCAAAAAAAUCUUCAAUAUUCCCGAUCAGCGUAACACAUACAUCGAGGUCGAUUUGGACGACGAAUGGAUCAUCCCGGAAGCGAUGCCGUACAGCAAAUCGAAAUGGACACCUUUCACUGGCAUGACGAUUCGCGGUUCCGUGCACAGAGUGGUCCUAAGAGGCGAGAUUGCUUUCAUCGAGGGACAAGUACUAGUAAAUCCUGGAUUCGGUCAAGACAUCAGGGAUAUACAAUAUAAUGCGAAGGCUCAAGCAACGCUCCACGCGUCGACAGCGUCCAAUCAGCUCGCAGAUAUCGUCAAUAAAUCAUUGUCACUAGACAGUCUCCUGUCGCCGAACUACGAAAAAUCUAAUAUACACAUCGAAGUGCACGAAGACGAUCAAAUUGAGUUCACGCAUCUCUUGCAACCGGCAUCGCACAAGUCGAGCGUCCACUUCGCGCCGUACACAGACGCCGACAAGGAACAUUCCAAGGCACUGCUCUCUCAAAGAACUGUCUCACCGUUGCCUAUCAGCAAUGUCACUAGAUACAAAAGUGACAGUAAUCCGAAUCUACUUAUGACUGCCGUCGCAUCGAUUCCAACUGUCCAUACAGGCAACAGUCUAGUCGGACAUCACGUGCUUACCGUGGAUAUCUUUAACAAAGACAUACUAAAGAAUAUAUUCCACUUAGCGGAAACUUUCCGACAUGAAAUCAGGAAGGAACGACCCUUAGAUCAUGUUUUAAAGGGGAAGAUCAUGGCUUCCAUCUUCUACGAAGUUAGCACGAGAACAUCGUGCAGCUUCGCUGCCGCAAUGGAACGUCUCGGUGGUCGCGUAAUAUACAUGGAUGGUUCUACGUCAUCGGUGAAAAAGGGCGAAACCUUAGAAGAUUCGGUAACAGUUAUGGCAGGAUAUGCAGAUGUGGUGGUACUCAGACAUUCAGCGCCGGGUGCGGCUGCUAGGGUAGCGCAGCAUUGUAGGAAACCAGUAUUGAAUGCCGGUGAUGGAACCGGCGAACAUCCGACACAAGCGUUGCUCGACAUUUUCACAAUCAGAGACGAAUUCGGAACCGUGAAUGGUCUUACGAUCACCAUGGUCGGAGAUUUAAAGCACGGCAGAACCGUCCAUUCCCUUGCAAGGCUACUGACCCUGUACAACGUAGAACUUCGCUACGUUAAUCCACCUGGCCUGGACAUGCCGAAUCAUGUCAUUAAUUACGUGGCCGAACGUGGUAUCCCGCAAGAUAAGUUCUCGACUUUGGAAGAGGCAUUGCCCGAUACCGACGUGCUUUAUAUGACGCGAAUACAAAGCGAGCGUUUCGCCACGCAAGAGCAGUAUAAUAAGAUGUGCGGACUCUUCAUAGUAACCCCGCAGUUGAUGUCUCGCGCGAAAAGAAAAAUGGCGGUAAUGCACCCUCUACCGCGUGUCUUUGAGAUAAGCAAGGAAUUCGAUACCGAUCCGCGAGCGGCUUACUUCCGGCAGGCAGAAAACGGGGUCUACGUGCGUAUGGCAUUGCUGGCCAUGGUCCUUGGACGUAUUCGAUUUGACCGUCAUGGCCACCCGUCGUACCCGCCUGUAGAUCAAGGUACUUUUUGAAGAAGGUCACCGACAUAAUACGCCAAGGAAAACACUCACUUGCCAUUUUUGUUGUGAUGCGAGAGCCAAGCCACAUGAAUAUCUUUCAAGCAUUUCCAUGAAGAGCUUAUUGUUAGUAAAUAGAUUCGUAAAAAAAGUACAAACUAAAGCAUGAGACAUAUUUGAUUAAUUGUCCGACAAACAUUUUCUUAAUGCGAUUUCCAUUUUUAGGUACUUUUUAUUAAAGUAAUUUAGUUAAGUAUUUUUUAUAUAAGGGAAGGGGGGACAAAUAGUGAUUUUUUCCUCUCUCCCCUACAAGCUAAUUUCAAGUUUACAAGAUAUGAUUUUUCACUAAAAGAAUACUUUCCA